AUGUCGGGAUUCUUCGACCGUUUCCUGCUGCCCUCCACGAGCAUUCCGACCGCUUCCGAUCGACGACGCAUCCACCAACUGACCAUUAUUAACCGACAACUCGAAGAGAACCUUUUCGAUAUCAAACAGAAACAUGAGGAAGAAGCAUUCAAACUCAGACUGGAGCUGGACAAUCAAAACGAGCAGAUGCAUAGGAUGCUGAAUGAAUUCAAUGCGGAAAUGGAGGAAAUGAAGGCAAAACUGGAGAAAGAGCGGGCGGCGAAUGAGAAGUUGUGGCGGAAGUUGAAGGACGAAAAGGAAAAGAGAAAAAAGUGGACCUUCAACUUCUGGAAACGGUCUUUGGAGAUGCCUGUCUGCAAGAUUUGUCAAGAAGAGUACGGAGAGGAGGAGCUCAGAGUUCCAAGAAUACUAGGUAAGUCUCAAGGACCGUCACGGUACAAUCAAACGCGUUUUGCCAGAAUGUGGUCACACUCUUUGCACAGAAUGCUCGGGAAGAAUCCGAGAAAACGAGGCGAUCGUGUGUCCGUGGGAUCGGAAAAUCAGUAAUAUCUUCAACGGAGAGCUCACCAAGAACUACUCGGUGCUCCAGAUGAAUUGGGAGAAGAAGAACGAAGAAGACAAUGAAUGGCUCCGACCAUCCCCCACAACUAUGACCCUCUUUCUCUCCAUCUCCAUUUCCAUUGCUCUCUUCUCAUCCCUCAUGUUCAAUUGGUCUGUGAUCGGCUUCUAA